AGCCUCAGGAAGACUGGGACUGCAGUGACCACACAGAUUAACCCUGAGCUCACUUACUCCACUCUGCCUGAGAUACUUUUUCUGCUACGGAUUCUUUCUUUGGAUGUAAACUGCACAGCAAAAGGUGAACCAUACUGCGGACAGUGAUUUAAAAAGAGGUUUGUAAUCAGCAUGUUCAGAGCGGGUGUCUCGGUACUGUUGGUGAUCUGCUCUGUGGGCUCUGCAGCAGGGCAAGGCUUCGGACUGAGCAGUAAUAACAGCAAGUCUCCAUCGGACUGGAUUUGGAACAAAGUGCACUGCUGGGAGGGCAUGAAAGAGCCCACACAGAUUGGAAAGAUCCAGUCAGUUUUGCACAAGGAAGGGGAAACUAGAUAUCAAAUCCAGGGUGAGGGAGCCGGCACUAUAUUUAAGGUGGACCCCGACACUGGCGAUAUUGUUGUCUAUAGAGAGCUGGAUCGGGAGACGAAGGAUCAUUACAAAUUACAAGGAACUGUGAUUGACAAGAAAACUUCGCAGCCAGUUGGCCCUGUCACCAACUUUACCAUUCAAGUAAUGGACGUCAAUGAUAAUGCACCCAUAUUCAUCAAAGAUCCAUUCAAUGGAACCGUCGCUGAAAUGUCCAGCAAUGGAACCUCUGUUCUGACUGUCAGUGCUCAUGACCCAGAUGAUCCAACAGUUUACAAAAAUGCCAAAGUAACGUACAAAAUUCUGAGCAAGCAGAAAGAUUUCGUCAUGGACCCACACACUGGAAUCAUAUAUGUACACAACUCAGAACUGGACAGAGAAACGAAGAAAAAUUAUCAGCUGGUAGUACAGGCCAAGGACAUGGAAUUUGAAACAGGAGGAAGGAGUUCUUCAGCAACUGUGUACAUCUCUCUGACCGACAUCAAUGACAACGCACCCUACUUUGAGAAAAGCGAAUAUAUCUAUAAGGUGCCAGAAAACACCUCGGUUGGAGUUGAAUUCGGACGAGUGGAGGCAAAGGAUCUCGAUGAAGGAGAGAAUGCGAAGAUCUUGUACACAAUUGAACCUAACAAAAUGCUUCAGAUCACAACCCAUCCACGUACACAGGAGUGUGUGAUAAUGCUAAAAAAGCCCCUGGACUUUGAGACCAAGCGACUACACCGUGUGCGAGUGGAAGCAGAGAACCCCACGCCAGUGAAGGGGAAACGGUACAAGAACAGCACCACACUGGUGAUCGAGGUGCUGGACGUUGACGAGCCUCCAGUGUUCAUCCGUUCUCCGUACCGCUUCCAGGUGCGUGAGAACCGGCCCAAGUCCACUCGCGUGGGACUUGUUUCUGCAGAAGACCCGGAUCAGGCAAAGAAUCGCAUCAGGUAUUCUUUACAGAAUGGGACAAACCUAUUCAGAAUUGAUGAUAAUGGAAUAAUUUACACCAGCGAGCCACUGGAUCGAGAAGAGGCUGCGUCGUACAGCAUCACAGUGGCUGCCAGUGAAGUGGGCAAGAGUAAUUCGGUAUCCAGUACGUCCGUACUUAUUGCAGUUCAGGACGUAAAUGACAACGCACCAACACUUGCAGACAGUUACUCUCCCCAUGUGUGUGAGAACGACCCAAUUGGAACUGUAAUCGAAAUGAUCUCUGCUGUUGAUAAGGAUGAAAUGACAUCAAAUGUUAAAUUCUCCUUCAGUAUUCCACUGAAAGUCAGCAACUUCUCUGUGAAAAACAACGGUGAUAACACUGCCAACAUCACCGUGAACCAGGCUGGCUUCGAUCAAAAUGAGGUUCGAGAGUACUUCGUCCCCAUCAUUGUUUCCGACAACGGAUCACCAAGCUACAACAGCACCACCACUCUAAAAAUUAGAGUGUGUCCCUGUGACCAAGACCGGAACCCAAUCUAUUGCAACAACGGCCCCAGCCCCCUCGUCUCAAGCGUUACCGUCACCAUCUUGUUGAUAAUCUUCCUCUGUAUCAUCGCUAUUCUAGCCCUGGUCUUGCUGAUCGUGCGCCGGAAGAUACAUAAGAAGAGUGCCUUUGCGGGUUUGGUGAAGGCGCCAGGCGAGAUCCACGAGCAGCUGGUGCGGUACGACGAGGAGGGUGGUGGAGAGAUGGACACUAACAGCUUCGACAUCACUGUGCUGAACUCCCUGCGGACCAAGGGGGGGCAGCCGUUGGAGGUGAGGGACUGUGCGCCGGUGUACGCCCAGCUCAGGAAGAACCGCGACGACAUGGGCUCAGUGGUCCAGAUGAAGAAGGAUGAGGCGGAUGGUGACAGGGACGGUUUACCCUACGACACCCUCCACAUCUAUGGCUACGAGGGCUCAGACUCAGUCGCUGAGUCGCUAAGCUCCCUGGACAUCUCCUCCAUUGACUCCGAGCAAGACUAUGACUUCCUCAAUGACUGGGGUCCCAGGUUCCAAAUGCUGGCUGAACUCUAUGGAUGUGACCCAGAUGGGGAAAGCCUGGGUUACUGAGGUGGGAGGGGCAUGUUGGAAAGGAGAGGGGAAGCGGGAUUGUGGAGAAAUCGAUACAAGAAGCAACUGGAUCUUCUGGAGAUACACACAUUUGGGAGUUCACUCAACCUCAGCCAAUCCGAUUAUUUCAGACUCAAUUAGUUUAUUGUCAUUCAAUCAUAUGCACGUAUACUGCCAAAUGAAUCAACAUUCCUCUGGACCAAGGUGCACAACAUGAUAAAUAUAACUCACACAAACAACACAUAAAAUAAUAUUACCACAACUAGAUUAACAGAUUCAGUUACAACAAGGGUUAAACAGUGUAUCGCUACUGGCACUUCAUACGUGAUGAGACCCGGGUGGUGGCAGGGAGUUCAGUAGUCUCACAACCUGGGGGAAGAAGCUGUUUCCAUCCUAACAGCUCUUAUCCCGAUGCUACGUUACCUCCUGUCCGACGGUAGAGGGUCAAAGAGAUUGUUGGAUGGAUGGGAAGGAUCACUGGCAAUGCCAAGGACCCUUGUCAAUCCAAUGGUGCCACUGUACUAUAGUGGCUACUGUGAUACUAUCACAGGAGUUUGGGUUCAAUUCCAGUGUUUUGUUCUUCCUGCGAAUGCGUGGGUUUCCUCCUGGUGCUUCGGUUUCUUCCACUGUCCAUUGAUGUUCCAGUUAUUAGGUUCAUUGGUCGUUGUAAAAUUCUCUGAUUAGGCUGGGGUUGCUGGGCAGUGCAACAAGUUGGGCAGAAAAGGGUAUCUUCCGGCUUAACAAGCAACACCACCCAGAUACUCACUGCGGUGCAUCUCUAAAUAAAUAAAAAUUAAAGUUGUUAAUUCCCAUCCUAUCCACCCUCCUUGGCCCCCAACACCCUUAAUACACCCCCCAACAAUAAUAUCUUGAAACAAAGUCAGAGGAGGGGUCACCGUCUUUCAAACUUGGAUCACAGCUGACCUGAGUCUUAUCUCCAUCUAUCCCUUGCAUGGGAGAUUUCAACAGCUAGUUUUCAGUCAAAGGUUACCACCUGAUCCCUACAUGGGAGCCUUAGGAGAUUUCAGCACCUGGAUCUCGGAACUUAUCUCCAACCACAGAUGGUGGAAAUAUCAUUGUUAUUGUCAGAAAAGUCUCAAAUCUCUCAUGGAAUCAUAGCUGGGAUUGGAACUAGAAUGGGAUCAGGUCAAGAGAAUUAUAAAAUCAUGCCUUGUACAAGAGCUGAGGAGCAGAAUUAGCUUGAAGGUGAAAGAUACUGGGGUGGCAAAGAACUGGAAGAACUCAUUGGGUCAGCCAGCAUCUGUGGAAGGAAAGUUACAAUUAUAUAUAAAUAUAAUUGUAAUUUUAUAUAUAAUCCUCCAUUGGUUAGGGUCGACCAGGGAUGUUGCGUCUCAGCUGUCUACAUGUUACCCAAGCCUGGGCAGUACGAUAUGGAGAACUAGCUGUUGCCCAUGCAGCAGGCUCCUUCUUUCCCCACAGCUGAUGAAUCCAAAGGAACAGCAAUGCAGUUCGGCACCAGCAUCUUUGCAGGAGUUGCCAAUCAGCGUUGAACUUUAAGUAGAGACCUUAGGGACUCUAGCUCUGGAUUAUUCCUUGGGAUUUACACCUGAAGCCUUCUCCAUGCAAUGCAGCGGAGGUUUGAGAUCAGUUUUCUUCAUCCUAAAUGAGCUGCCAACCACAGUUGAUGACCCCAACUGCCCAAAGCAAAUGAGUUUAAGGAGCCAGUAGCCUCCCUUUGCCCCUUCUCCUGUCAGUAGAAAUGAAUUCCAGCAGGCUUAGAGGCCAGGAGCUGGACUUGGUUGUCAGAGACUAUUUGAUAUGCACGCGAUCAGAAGGAUUUAAUGGGUUCAUUGACUAUUCAGAAACUGAUUGCAGAGGGAAAGAAGCUGUUCCUGAAAUGUUGAGUGUUUCUCUUCAGGCUCAUAUAUCUCCUCCUUUGUGGUAGCAAUAAGAAGAAGGCGUGUCUGAGAUGGUGGGAGUCAUUCAUGAUGGAUGCUAUCUUUCUGAGACAUCACCUUUUGAACACCCCGCGUCGUGACUGAGUGUAAAUAGAAAUCUUACAUCUUUAACUCCACAGAUGCUACUUGACUUACUGAGUUUUUCCAAAGUUCUGUUUGUUUUAUUGAUGACAACUUACUUUCUUCCAGUAAGAAUAUGAUACACGAAUGGCAUCUAUCUCUGAUCUAAAUUUCUAGAAAACCAGACUGACAUACACAGCUCUGCAGUAGUGUAGCAGUUGGUUCAACAUUAUUGCAGUUCAAGGCAUUCCUGAGUUUGGAGUUCAAUUCUUUAAGGAGUCUCUGUGUAUCCCCCCUGUGGAGUGUGUGGAUUUUCCCUGGGUCCUCCAGUUUCCUCCCAAAGUCCAAAGACCUACUGUGCAAGUUAAUUGGUCAUUGUAAAUUGUCCUGUGAUCAGGUUGGUAUUAAUCACGGUUGUGGACUUGCUGGGGCAGUGAUGAGCCUAUUCUUCAUCAUAUCACUAAAUAAAUAAUAAAAAUUCUAGAGGAACUCAACAGGUCAGGCAGCAUCCAGGGAGAGGAAUAAACAGUCGAUGUUUCAGGCAGAGAACCUUCAUCAGAAAUCCUUGAUCCUGUGGCUGAGAUCUCGCAAACCUCAGUGAUGUAAUCAAAGCCCACAUUCAGAUGAUGUCACAGAUUUAUUCCAAUGCAAUACUAUUCUAAAAUCUUGUCUAACCAUCUCAAGUUCAAGUUUUUUUCUCAUUCGACCAUACACAUGUGUACAGAUAAGCGAAGUGAAGUUCCUCUGGGACCAAGGUCCAAAAUAACUUCACUACAGAGAGUGCUUGAUCAAUGCAGGCACGGUUUGAAAUUGGAAAUGGAUUUCCCAGGUCUUGGCACAAAGCAACAACUGUUUAUUCUUCUCCAUUGAUGCUGCCUGAUCUGCUGAUGGGGGGGUGGUGGUGGUAAUGGUCUGGAUUUCCAACAACUCCAUAAUCCCUUGUCUUUAUGGAAAACCAGUCUGCAUCCAAGUUAAGGCAGAGCUGGGACGGCUCCUUGCAUGGUUUACAUGUAGACUGGGCUCCACACAAUUUAUAUGAAUGAUUCAACUGACAUCAUAAGAAACCUUAGCGUUGACGUGGGAUCAAGGAGUUGCUAGCCACAGUAGGGACUGGAUUUUGUUCACUCACUGGUGCAAACCUCCAGGAAGUCACAGUCACAGGGGCGGCACAGCAGUGUAGCAUAAUGUUUACACAGCACCAUCAAUGACUGAUUGUGGUUUAGUUCCGUCUCCAGGGAGUUUGUACGUCCUGCCCAUGAUAUGAUGCUCCUCGGGGUGGUCCAGUCUCCUCCCACAUUCCAAAGAUGUCCAGGUUAUGUUGGCGCCAGGAACUUGGCGACACUUGCAAGCUGCCCAGCACAAUUCUCACCGACGUGAUUUCAUGUAAACAAUACAUUUCACUGUAUGCUUCGAUGUUUUGAUCUACAUGUGACAAAUAAAGCUAAUCUUUUAAAAGUUAUCUUUAAUUAACGUUCCUACAGGUGUGCACUCUACAUGGCCUUUUUUAAUACUGUAACAAUGAAACCCCUCAGAUUUAAUCAUUCCUCAUUGGAUUUCAAUGUAUUUUAAUUUUUUUUGAAGUCUUGUGUUUUAGUAUUCAAAACAAUGUGUUGGAAUAGUAGUGAAAGUUUGGUGUCUUUGUGCAGUACUCUUAUCUAACUUUUUUUUGAUCUGUGGGAGCAAACUCAUUGUAAUUUCAGUAAAGUCCUGAAGCUUUACACAACAGGAUUUUCUCACCAAUGCCUCCCAACAAGUGUGUUUUUUUUAGUAAUUUUAUUAACAUUUUAUAUUGAAUGGGCUUGAUUGCUACCCGGCCAGUGUAGAUGUAGAAAAGUGUUUGUUUUUAAAAUGUUCUUUGUUUAUAACUGGUAAUCCUCAAUAAAAAAAAUUGUUGAUAACUAUUUGUAAAUUUCAAUAAAAUGAAUUAAAUGUGAAAAAGGA